AUGCACGCUGUCAACUUGUAUGCAUGGCUUCUCUUUGGACUGAGUGGUUCUCUAAGCCACAGCGCCAGUCCUCGCACACGCGCCGAUCCCAGCAAAGAGCAUUUCGGACAGAACCCUAAUGCCCAUCAGCUCUUUGCCGCACCACCGACCAAUGGCCGAGUUAUUGAUCGUACAGGUUGGACGGUUACGUGCGACAGCUUCGAACCUGGCAAUGAGUGCUCGAAAGCUAUUGACGGAGACAACACUACGCUAUGGCACACACAAUACACUAGCUGGUCACCUCCUCCACCUCACACUAUCACACUGGAUAUGGGCUCUACACAUAAUGUCAAUGGCCUCUCAGUCCUACCACGGCAGGACAACAAUCGGCAUGGCAACAUCGCACGGCACGAGAUCUCUGUUAGCCCAGAUGGCACUGACUGGGAGGUCGUGGCUGUGGGCAAUUGGGCUAUGGACGCGCUGACUAAGUAUGCCAACUUUGAGACCAGAAAGGUCCGCUAUACUCAGGUUAAGGUCUGGACUGAAGUUGAGGGUAAUCCGUGGACGAGCAUUGCAGAGCUCCAAGUUUUUGACGCCGGCGCAGAGCCGACCCAGUAUGCUGGUACUGGAAAAUGGGGGCUGACUAUUAAUUUUCCAACCGUCCCCGUGGCCGGUAUGGUUGACCCUCUGAGUGGAAAGAUUAUAAUUUGGUCUGCAUAUGCCUACGAUAAUUACCUAGGCUCAAGUUUUGACCGAGUCUUCACCUCCGUCUGGGACCCAGCCACUAAUGACGUUGAGCCUAAAAUUAUCGACAAUACCGACCACGACAUGUUCUGCCCUGGCAUCUCCAUUGAUGGAACCGGACAGGUUAUUGUCACUGGUGGCAACUCCAAGUAUAAAACGACUUUCUACGACUUUCCGUCCCAGAAUUGGAUAGCUGGUCCCAACAUGAGGAUUCCUCGUGGCUACCAGUCAUCAGCAACCUGCUCGGAUGGCCGCGUCUUCACCAUUGGUGGCUCAUGGAGUGGUGGCGAGAUUGAGCCUAAGAACGGCGAAAUCUAUGACCCCAAGACUAAGAUGUGGACGAUGCUCUCCGGCGCCAAGGUGGAUAAUAUGCUGACGCAGGACAGCCAGGGCGUCUACCGCUCCGACAACCACGGCUGGCUGUUCGGCUGGAGGAACGGCACUAUUUUCCAGGCCGGCCCUAGCACCGCCAUGAACUGGUACUACACCAACGAUAAUGGCAACGUGCAGUCGGCCGGCAAGCGCACGCUGAACCGCGGAGACGACCUUGACUCGAUGUGCGGCAUCGCCGUCAUGUAUGAUGCCACGCAGGGCAAAAUUCUUGCGGCGGGCGGCUCGCCCUCAUACCAGUACAGCAAUGCCCACACCGGCGCGUACAUCAUUACGAUUGGGAACGCAGGCGACCAGCCCACCAUCCAGCCUGCGAGCAACGGCCUGUGGUCGGCACGCGCUUAUGGAACGGCCACUGUUCUGCCCAACGGCAUGACCUUUAUCACCGGCGGCCAGAGCUAUGCGAUCCCCUUCGAGGACAGCACAUCGCAGCUAACGCCUGAGAUGUACGACCCAGGUCGCGAUAGCUUCUUCCAGCAGGCGCGAAAUACGAUCCCCCGCAAUUACCACAGCAUCUCUAUUCUUAUGCCUGAUGCACGUGUCUUUAAUGCAGGCGGCGGUCUAUGCGGCGACUGCAACACGAACCAUGUCGAUGGCCAAAUCUUUAUCCCCAACUAUCUCCUCAACAGCGAUGGCUCUCUCGCUACCCGUCCCACUAUCACCUCGGCAAGUGUGAGCGGUAGCCGCCUUUUAAUUGGUACUGGAGGCGCUGUAACUUCAGCCGCGCUUAUCCGUGUCGGAACGUCCACGCACACCGUCAACACUGAUCAGCGUCGCAUCCCGAUGACGUUGAACCGUCAAUCAAACACAGAAUAUACUGCCCAGCUUCCCACAGACCCUGGUAUUCUGCUGCCAGGCUACUGGAUGCUAUUCGUGAUGAACAAGAACGGCGUUCCGAGUGUCUCCAAGACUAUCAACCUUUCUCUAUAA